AUGCCAGAUACAUUAAAUUCAUUGAAGGCAAUUGCAUUACUAGGUAGUAAUUGGGUUGCAGUUGAUUUUUUUCUUCGACAAGAUAGUAAUAUUUCAAAUGAAGUAUAUUUUGAAGAAAGAACUCCAUCUAAACAUGUUUGGUCUAUUUUUGUACAAGAAGCACAUAAAUAUAAUCUACGUGCUUGUAUUAAACCACUUAAAACUCUAAUUCGAAAUAUUCGUGCAGGAGGUUAUUCUGGUUUAUUAACUUAUUGCUCAAUAUUUUAUCCUAUUGAAACACAAAAGAUUGGUUUCUGGGAUGACUUAGAUUUUAUUGGUAUGGAUUUUUAUCUACCAUUACUUAAUAUAACAAAUGAUGGUAAUAUAUCUUCACAACAAGAUAUGGUUCAAAGAUUUUCUGAUUAUUUUCAAUAUUUCAAAAUAUGGCUGAGUAAUCAAUCAUCAAAUGCUUCAUCAAAACCAGUCGUUUCUACUGAAGUUGAAUAUCCAAGUUCAUUAGCUGGACUAGCAAUUCCAUCUGCAACUCCACCUAUACAAUGUUUUGGUAAUUAUAGUGCUAAUUUCACACUACAAGAUAUGGGAUUUAAAGCACUUGAAAACAAUAGUGAAGUAUUUAAUGAAACUAUUAUACUUUGGUGA